AUGGAAAAAAAAAAAAAAGGAAAAAAGGAUAAAGCUUCUAAAAAGGGUUUGUGGAAGGAGAAGAAAGAAGACGAAACGGCACGUGGGAAAUUGAUAAAGACAUCUGAAUGGAAUGUAAAUGAAGAGACUAGAUAUAUUGAAAAGGACCAAAAUGAUGACACUCUUCCUAAGGAAAUGUCCUUCACUGAGAAGGAGAUGGGGUGUGAAGAAAUAAAUAAGAGGAAAAUUAAAAAGGAGGUUGAUAAGCUCCCUCAUAAUGGGGAUAAAACAAAGAAGGGGAGAAACGAAAUGGAGCGACGAGAUACAGAUGAUUGCAAAAGUAACAAGAGAGAGGAUAAGGAUAACAUGUUCUCCCCUUCAAAUGAAUUCAAGUUGACGAACCUGAAAAAUGAUGAAAUUUUCGAAAGCAAUCUUCCCAAGAGUAUAGGCGAAAUAUCUCCCUUUAAAGAAAGAGAACUUUUUGCAACGGAAAAGGCGAAGGGUUGCCAUGUCAAGGGACUCAACAAAAGUAUCCAAUUUCUAGAAGAUAUGAAAGGAUUUAAAAUGAGGAAGCAGAAAAUGGACGACCUUGUUAUGAAUAUAGGAAAUAAGAAGGAAGAAAAUAACGUAAUCCCAGAUGGACAUGACAAUUUAAAGGCUGGAACUAAGGGUGAAGUGACCUCUCCUCUCAAUAUAGAAGAGAAGGAAACCUUGUCCUACAAGCUGAAGAAGCAGAAAAAAAUUGAAAAAUACAGGAUGAGCGCAGAAGAAAAAGAUAAAUACAUGAAAAAGUACAUGCUCAAAUUGGAAAAGCAAUACAAAAAAAAAAAAGACGAAGAUUUAAAAAAGGAAGUAGAAGAACAGAAGGAGGAAAUAAAAAAAUAUCAAGAAAAGGAAAGUACAUUCUUCAAUUAUUUGAAGAACCCCAGGUUGAAUUUGUCCAAAACGGAGGAUUUAAAUGACUACUUGUGUAUUAGUCCCACUACAGUAUACUUUACAGAUGUAAGGAAAGAUGAAACCCUGACGAGGGACCUACUAAUCACGAACAAAGGGAGUACGCUGCUACACAUCAUUAUAGUGCCACCAUCCACAAGCCACUUUCACAUAAAGGAUAUCAUUAAUGUGUAUAACAAGAAUGAGGAUAAUUCCAAGAACAAUUUGAACAAUCAAAUAGCGCCUGGACAUACCUUGAAGAUCAAAUUAGGUUACAGCGCUUUCACUCUGAGGCAUCAAAGGGACCAAAUAAAAAUUCUAUCGGAAGCUGGGAACAAGACGAUAGACAUAAAGGCAUUUCGAUCAAUGCCAAAAAUGAAGUUCCAGAAAAUUUUAAACUUUGGGCCAAUUCGGUCUCACGAGAAGAAGAAAAAAUCAUUUUAUAUCAAGAACGAAGGACAAGAAACCAACGUCCUGAUAGUACCGAGGAAGCUAUUUAGCUUUUACGUGAAAAAGGAGAAAAUUGAAAGAGAGGAAAACAUAUUAAAUUUGCUCAUAAAAAAGAAGGAAGAUUCAAUGGAGAUUCCGGAAAUGAGGGAAAAUAACGGAGAUGGAAAAAUUAUUCCGGUGAAGGAAAAGGAAGACACAUACUACACAUUCAAUAAUGUAAAAAGUUACUCUCAGAAUUUUCUCUACUUAUAUCAAUAUUUGGUCCAUAAUUUUGAGAAGCUAUAUUUUGAAAAUAUUUUUCAGGAUUGUUAUUAUUUGAACUUGAAAGGAGGAGAAGAGAAGCUCAUUACUUUUUCGUUUAGAAGCGGAAAAAUAGGAGUUUACGAGAAAGAUUACCUGAUGGUAACAGACAUCGAAUGCGACUUUGCAGAAUUGGAAGAUAAAGGAAAAUGUGAUUUUUUGAACUGCAACCAAAUGAACGUUUUUCCUUUUUGUAUUAAAGCCUUGGUGGAGCCGUUGCUCUUAAAUUUGGUACAUAUAAAUGGGAAUGUGCCAGGGGAGUGUUACGAAAGGAAGAUAGCUGAAUAUCUACAAAGAGGGAAAAUAGACAACUUGAGUUAUUUUUUCUACAGCAGUUGUUUGCACUCGAUUAGGUUUCCGGAUAUCCAGGUUAACAGCGGGUACAGCGUUGCUGAAGUGGAGAUCUUAAACAAUGGGCUGAUUGGCAUAAAAGUGUCAUGUAGCGUAUACGUAAAGGGAAACUCUGAAAGUGAGGAGAAACAAACCAUUUUGGACAAAGAAGACAAAGGAGUGUACUACUACAAGGAAAUGUUCGAUGUUGCGUGUCCACAUUUACUAUACGAUGGAGUAACAGAGGAGGAGUCUUCACCGAGGGAGGAAGAAAAGAAGAAGAAGAAAAAAAAAAAAAUAAAAAAUAAUAAUAAUAAUAAUAAUAAAGUGUGCCCUAUUUACAUAUACCCAAAGAAGUUCACCUUGUCGUAUAAAAAGAGGCAGAAAAUAUAUAUAAUUUUCAAGCCUCAAGAGAAACACGAAAAUUACCAAAAUUAUUGCUUCCUUUUGAUGGUAAAAAACUUGAGCAAGGGGUCGGAUUUAUGUAUUGGUGAUUUGUUAGAAAUACAAAAAAAUGGGGGCGAGGAAAAUAGCGGAUUUCCUCUAGUGUGCGUUAGGGAGAAUAAAAUAAUUAAAAAUAAAAAAUGGAAUCAACGAUUCGAAAAUGAUAUUUCGAAGUAUGAAGACUCGUCUUCACCAGAGGGUGGCACAUAUUCAAGCAACUCCGAGAUAAGUCAAGAUGAAAUUUUGAAAAAAAAACAAAAUAAGAAGAAAAGCUACUUUGGAAAAAAAAAUAAGAAAAAAAAAUUUAUCGCGUUUUGCAUGAAUGUCUACGCUAAUAUAGUUAAGCCCAAUGUACAUAUAAAGACGAACAAAUUGACCAAGUGCCUUUUUCUAAAUCCGCUGUAUUUAUAUAAGACCAGUUUUACUAUAAAAAAUAGAAGCGAUUUUUAUGUUAAUUAUUGCUUUAAAAAUUUAAUUCAUUUGGAUGGUUUGUCUAAAGCGGAAAAGGGCAUUUCUCUUGAUAAUCAUAAUGGAGUUGUUCAAGGGGAGAGCACCAACGCGUUGAACGAUGAAGAAGAAGAAACGUCUAUCCAUGGUGGAAUUCUCGACGAUGUAUCCGUGAAUAGACGGAAAGGCGAAGACCCCUUUACCGCCAAGGAAGCGUAUCACAUAUGCUAUUACAAUUAUGUAGAUGUGAUGCGUGACAUACGGUCAGCUAAAAAGGGGGGCCAAAAAAUCAUCGGGGGGAGCAGAAGCGCCGAUAGGGCAAAAGCAAAAAUAAGCGAACCGGGAGAAAAUAUCCCGAACCACAGGAAGAGGAACACAGACAAAGGAACAGAUCAAAUGAUAAGUAAGAAAAGUAUGAAAGGGGUCCAAACUAGAGGGGAAGCAAAUAUCCCCUCAGACAGGGAAUACUUCUUUUUCAAUUUGAAUAAAAAAGUUGUAAAAUAUUUUUACCAAAGGGGAAGCAGUGAUGCGGUGAGCAUGUACGUGUUGGUUAAAAAUACGGCCAAUGGAAUAACCAGAAUGGAAGAAGAGGAAGAUGUUGUCGAAGAAGAAAGGAAGGGAAAUGGGGCAACGUUGGAAAUGCGGCAAAGAGAAAAACGUGAUGAGGACAAGGAAUGGACAAAAAAGGUAAAGAAUAAAUGUGUAAAUAUUCUGAAAGUUGAAAAAGGGGAAUACUGCCUAAAACCACAUGAGAAAAAAAAAAUCCUUUUAUAUUUUCUAGUGAAUCAUUACGGAUACCAUGAAAUGAACAUGAAAAUAAUUUUUUACAUGGGUAAGUAUAUGCUGGAAAAAGAAGUUACGGGGAGAAUAUUGACCAAGUGCAAAGGGAUCGAAAUAAGUAGAGACUCAUUCGUCUUCCGCAAUAGUUACUCCCAUUACUGUUUUUGCAACAUGGUUAAAAUUGAAAACUUGGAUAAAGACUUAAAAUUGAUAAAAUUGGGCCAGACAUGUGAAAAGAAGUGCGGGUUCGUGACCUUGUAUAUGCUUUAUUUAUCUGCCUUUAAAAAUAAGGAUAAAGAAAGGAGCAUAAUGAAACGUGAGGAUCUGCUUAACAAUUUCAGAAGACAUUUUCUUUUAUUUUUAGAAAAUGAAAUAGACAAGAGUUGUGUUAAGCAGAAGGAUGACGGAUACCAGUGCGACUUAUGUAGAUGUUACUUUAAAUACGAUUGUUGCUUCCACUUUUUUGAGAAUAAGUUUUUGGCAUGUACCAAUUGGCAUGGCUAUUCAUACCAGUUUGGUGAGGACAAAUACAUAGUGGAGAAUAGAAAGAUGGCUACUCUGAUGGAAGAUCCUUCUCGUUUCCACCACCUUAGUGACAAUUUACAAGGAAUUUACAAAUAUCAUGCGGAUAAGGAUUUGUAUAUACAUAACAACAAAGCAGAAUUUGCGGCACACCUUUUGAUGUAUCCAUCCAAAUUGUUAUUGCUUCCGUUAGGAAAGACGCUUUUCCUUUUUUUCUUCUUCCUCCCUCAUGCUGGAAGUAUAAGUCCCCUCCUCACUGUAAACUGGAAUGCAUUUCGAAGAGACAUCUUAAUUGAGGGAGAAUGCAAAAAUGAAAACGUAAAAAUAAAACAUGACAAAAAGUUAGGUAGUACUAAAUCUACCGACACGAAAAGGGGAAAGAAUUACGUAGGAAUAUGCAGCGACAUAUUCCGCGUGAAGGUAAAAAAUUUAAACGAGUUAGACAUUUCUUAUAAAAUGUGCCAUGGAGAAAAGAAAGAAUUUGAAUAUAAUUAUCAUAAAAAAGAGUAUGUAGUCGUUUGGAAUUGUACUCCCAAGUUGGAUUGCUACUAUGAAGACUUCUACACCUUUGCCAAGGUUAAUAACGUGGAAAGGGCAAAGGAAAAUGAAAAGGUUUUUUUUUACCAAAAUAGGGAAGACUUAAAAGAGGAAAAUCACUCCUGUGAUAAGAACAGCGUAGAAUAUAUGAAGGGGAGAUCCAUUUUGAAGGGAGAAUAUUCCAUGGAAGAAGGUAGCAAAAUACAUGGCUGUGUUAUUAUGGCUAAUUUUCAAUCAAAUGAAGUAAAGGGAAAGCAAACCAGAACGCACGAAUUUAGAUUUCUGCUCUUUAACGAUGAUGAAAUAACGAAAGAUAACAAUUUUGUAAAAUUAAAAAUUCCCAUCAAAUUGAAUUAUUUUCAUUAUGGAGAAAUUAUAAAAGUGUCUUGUUAUUUUUCCCGACAUACAUUUGAUUUUAUCCUAAUGAGGGAAGAAGACUUAUUGCUAUCUUUGUUAAGCUAUAUAAAAAUGUCUGUAUGUGAAGAUCGAUCUGGGGAAAAGGGGGCCACUACUUGUGUAGGAAAUGAAACAGACUGGGAGGAGGAAACCAAGACAAUUUCGACAGAUUCGUUUGUAAACGAACUUAUGGAAGAAUUGCACUUUAUAAAAAGGGAAAAAAAGGAUGAUGAAAAUUUGGGAAAAACAAUCAAUGAAUAUUUCAAACAAAUGAAAAAUUUUUUCCCCCCCAAUUUUGAUGAAAAUGUUCUAGCACAGUUUCAAAAUUUUGUACUCCAAAUGGAGUCAGAAUUUGAAGGAAAGGAAAUGACGUGCGAUAAAAUAAGCACAAGAGAAGAACACACACAUGGCGUGGAUGGAAGAGAAGGCGAAAAACUUCCCGAUGAAAUAAUUCGUCGGGGCGCUUCAUGUGCGGAUGGUGAUUUCCCCCCUGAUAAUGGUGAACAUAAAAACAGAAGGACAAAUAAAGAGGUGGAGAAACUUGUGUGGGUACAUAAACUCCUACAUGGGCUGAACAAUAAAGUUGAUUACAAUUUUAUCGAUUUUGUGAGGAGGAAUAAACGCGAACUAAAUUUUAAAUACGAACAAGGAGAAAUCACAGAGGUGCACAACGUCGUAGGUGUGGGGGAGGCGGACUUGGAAAAGGGGAAAGAAGGGGAAAAAUUCAAGGGGGAGCAUUUGAACAAUGUAAAACAAGACAAAAUAAACAAAGCGAAAAUAAAUAAGGAGAGAAAAUGCCACCCUCCAGAUGAAAACACAAACUUAUUCAAAAGGUACUUCUACGAAGUUAAUAAAGAAAAGGGCACCAUAUACGUAAUAGUAAGUAACAAGAACAAAUAUGACCUUCGCCUGAAGCUGCGUUCUCGUGCACACAUAAAUGACAGUUUAAAUGAAGCAUUUCACUUGUGCACAGAUAAUUUAAUUAUGAGAAAGGAGUGGCCAGGGAUUUCACGUUUUGUAAGUGAAUAUAAAUUAGGUAAAGGAGAAAGUGCACCUUGUACGGUUCUCAAUUUAGACAGUGUGGAUUGUGGAAAAUACAGCAAAUUAAAACACUUAAACGCUGCAUAUAUAGGGAAAAAUGGAAAAAAGGAAGACCACUAUUAUCACUACUUGAGUAAUGUCCUACGAGAAAAAAGGGAAUAUUGCUUUGGGUUAAGAAGUAACUUCUUUGUAGACUUUUUCCAAUUCGGAAAUGUAUUAAGUUCCAUGAAAUGUUCCUUUAUAAAACUCCACUUGCAUGCAGACAAUGUGAAUUUGUAUGAGGAUAAAAUUACGUUGAAUUUGAGCAAAAGCGAAAGAGUCUUCAAAAUAUUUGUUGCCUCCCAAAUUAAGUCCCUUCACUUGUUGAGCCCACACAGGGAAACGAAAAAUGGCGAUAAAUGUAUUUUUGUUAAUUCUAUUUUUAUAAAUAAGGAAAUUUUAAAAAAAUUCGAAGAGCUAAACAGAAACAACAGAGACGAACAAGUAGAUAGAAUAUGCAAGUGUUUUCAAGAAAUAUUAAAACCGAGGGAAAUCGACAUAUUUAACUCGUCCAAUUUGAGGAAAAGUGUCCAUUAUACUUUCAGUAAAAUUUAUCACAUUAAGAAUGAAAAGGUGAAAGGAAGAAAGAGAGGUGUAGCAGAAGGGGAAACAUCGGCACAAAGGGAGUGUGAAGGAGAGAAGAAGAUUGACGAAGAUUCAAUUGAAAUAUAUGAAAACCGAUAUGGGGAUGAUGAGAGAAUGGAAGAUCCGUCCCACUCAUCCGACGCAGCACACAUCGCAGACAUGGGUGAUGAAGGGAGCGAAAUAAGAAUUGCGUGCGCGAACAAGUAUAUGGAUAAAAACGAGAAAACGAAAGUGAAACUAUUUUUGGAAAACGUUUUACAUAAAGAAGGGAAACACUUAUACAAAAUCGACUGCAAUUAUAGUUAUACCAAUCCGAUGAAUACCACCUCUGAAGUUAAAAGUGAAGCUGCUUGCGAUGCUUUAAAUGAAAAGUUAAGGAAAUUGCUCUCUCUGCAGUUUUACCUAUCGAUUAAUGUGGAAAAGCCCAGAAUCACGCUACUACAUAACAGUAAAAUCUGCUACGGUAUGAGGGUAAAAUUUGAUUUGAAUUAUUUCAACAAAAAGGCGUACAAAAGAAUUGAUAAAAUGUACAAAAACCAAGUGAUUAAUGACAUAUUAUAUGAAGACGUGAACCAAGUAAAUGAAUACUUUGAUCAGGUUUUUUUGAGAAGCAAAAAUCUCAAGUUGUAUUUUUGCAAUCAGCAGGACAUACCUUUUUACUCGUACAUAUACACGAAGAAGUUUCUUCAAAUAAAAAAUGUCUACGUAGAUCACGAAGAGUUUGACCAUUCCAACACGAAAAUUUACCACAUUAAGAGCAAAGGUAAGGUCUGCAUAAAGCUAGAAGUAGAUGAGGUGAAGCUGAAGAACGAAAUAAGAAAUAAUCCAAGCCAUAAUUUGUCCGUGGAAAACAAAAUAGGGAAAAAGUACAUAGAAGAGGAUUUUUUAACAUUCCAAUAUUUAACAAGUAAAAGGCAACAAAGGUUUUGUGUGGAAUGUCAUUAUAACGUGCCCUUUUUAAUCAUCAAAGAGAACCAGCACAUAUUUCGAGAGUUUAACAACUUGAAAAGGAAAAAUCAGAAAAUGGAAAAUUGCAAAGAGCUCAACGAAAUAGAGAGCAACCUUUCGGACAAAAUAAAGGCGGGAAAAAUAAUAUAUAGCGAAAUUGAAAUGAGGAGCAGCGUCUAUUUUAUUUCCAUCAGCUUUAGUGAAUUAAAAAUGUACAAACUUUGUCUGUUUUUAUUUAACACGACGAGAUUUCCCGCAACGUGGACCUUAAAGGAGGACGACCCACAUAGUGGACAGAAUUAUUACUCUUUAAAAGGCGCCGAUAACAAAAUAUUCCACUUCAGUAAAACGAAAGACAUCCUAUUUGGAAAAACGUACGACAUACAUGACGUAAAUCUUGGAAAAGACGAAAACUGGAACAACCCUUUUCUGUUUCCCGAUUACAUUAUAGUAACAUUCACGCCAACCAGCAAGAGCGAUGUAACAAAAAAAUACUACAUUGACGUGGCUGAUGGAGAAAAGAUAAAUUUUUAUUUAAAGGGAGUUUAUAUACCAAAAAAUGAUGAACAAACAAAAAACUGUUAA